CUCCACGCUGGAAGGUCUCGCAGUAUACUGACCGUAGAAAAGUAAGCGGCGAACUAUUCGAAAGGAUACAAACGCACAGCUCAGCACUUCGCCAAGUUUCUUUACACAAUUGUGUAGAAAACCUGAAGGGAUACGGAGUGCAGACGAGUUUCAAAUUCUCUCUUAGAGGCGUACAAACUACUUUUAUUAACUUUUUUGGUAUUAUUCCGCGGAGAACUUGUUCGCCGGACUUGGGCGAGAGAAACGGCAAAGCUAAACCCGAGGAGAGAGAGAGAGAGCACGCUGACAGCACGACCAUACGCACAGAUGGAAACGACUUUCUACGAUGACUCUCUGAACACGGGCUUCUCUCAGCACGACGCUGUCGGUUACGGAUACAGCCGCAAGGCGCUGAAGGAGAACAUGACGCUGAACCUGUCCGACCCCGCCGCCACGCUGAAGCCGCACCUGCGACCCAAGGCCAGCGACCUCCUCACAUCUCCCGACGUCGGGCUGCUCAAGCUGGCAUCCCCCGAGCUGGAGAGGCUCAUCAUCCAGUCGAGCAACGGCCUCAUCACCACCACCCCGACUCCCACCCAGUUCCUGUGCCCCAAGAACGUCACCGACGAGCAGGAGGGCUUCGCCGAGGGCUUCGUGAGGGCGCUCGCCGAGCUGCACCAUCAGCACAUGCCCAACGGAGUAAACGUCGCUGCAGCCGCGCAGACGAGCAGCAUCGCCGGCGACUUGACGGCUGCGUCCUCCAUGGCCGGGAGCACGCCGUACAGCUGCACCAUCAUGCGCUCGGAGCCGCCGGAGUACACGGACCUGACCACGUUCAACCAGACCAUGACCACGGCGGCGGCCGUCACUUACAGCAGCGCUAACCUGACGCUGAGCUACUCCGUGGCCCAGUCCCAGCACCAGCACCAGCCCCAGUCCCAGCACCAGUCCCAGCCCCAGCCCCAGCACCACAUGAGCAGCCAGCUGUCCGUUCAGCACCCGCGGCUGCAGGCGCUGAAAGAAGAGCCACAGACGGUGCCGGAGAUGCCCGGAGAGACCCCUCCGCUCUCGCCCAUCGACAUGGAGACCCAGGAGCGCAUCAAGGCCGAGAGGAAGCGCAUGAGGAACAGGGUGGCCGCCUCCAAGUGCCGCAAGAGGAAGCUGGAGAGGAUCUCCAGGCUGGAGGAUAAAGUGAAGACGCUCAAGUCCCAGAACUCGGAGCUCGCGUCCACGGCCAACAUGCUGCGCGAGCAGGUGGCCCAGCUCAAGCAGAAGGUGAUGAAUCACGUGAACAGCGGGUGCCAGCUCAUGUUGACACAGCAGCUGCAGACGUUCUGAGGGGCGCGCGGGGCGGACGGCGCCAGCCGGGAAAAGAAGAGAGAGAGAGAGAGAGAGAGAGAGAGAGAACUGAACGCGAACGUGGAAGGAGGAGAGCGUGAGCCACAGGGGGGUCUGAGCGCUCGUGCCUCUUAAGGCUCAACCCGCUUCGGUCAGUCAGUGCGCGCGGGAGACUCGCCCCGCGUCGCCCCGUCUCCAGAACGGAACUGUGCAGUCUGCAGUGUGCGUGCGGCAGAAAGCAGAUCGCGGCGGGUGUUUCAAGCCCCUUUUCACCACACAGACUUGUAAACUCGAGCUGUUUUGCAUGGACCUUGCGAACUUCAGACAUCUCUCAGUAUUACGAAGUUUCGCGACCGCAAAACGUUACGUGCGACGUCGCACCACGGAAAUGUGUGUGAGGACAGGAUUGCUGGGGGGGGAGACGGGCGGCUCAGCCUAACUCCCCUUCUGUACAAAUCAGAUGUACAUAAGUACUGUAGUUGUGUUGCAUUGCAUUUCUUGUAUACGUUAAAACAACUUUUUCUAUAAAGUUUUCAUGAGAUUUGACUCAUUUGUAAAUAAGGAACACUUCUAUAUACAUUUGUAAUUUUUUAUGUUUUGUUUUCUGAGCACCUCAGAAACUGAUAUUUAAGGAAAAUAAAUGUCAAACACGGACUGUGAGAAUA